AAAGCCAGCGACACUGAUGCCAGGUGCAGGCCAUCAUUGGGAGCACUCCGAGCAGCACUUGGGAUGAGUGGUGCAGUAGAGCAGGCGGCAGACAUCCUGUCAGUCACAGACCUGGUCCGGGAGAGAUGGAGAGUGGUGAGUUACUAUAAAUACUACCGGCUGCAGAAAGGGCACAGCUAGCUUUGGUCAAAUCUGUCUUGUUGCUGCUCCCAUUCUCCUAGCGAGAAGGCAGCAGCGAUAAUGUCAAAACAGCUUUCUGUAAUGUGUUACGUAAUGGGUCUAACCGGUAUGAGAUGUGUGUGUACCUUCUGUAGGUACAGUAUGGCACUUUUUAUACAGAACACUCACGACUUCCCUCUCUUUCUCUCUUUCCACCUCCAUCCCCCACCCACCCCCUCUCUCUUCUUUCUUUACUACCUGCAUUCCACCUUCUCCAUUCCAUUUUCAGGUGAAGAAAAUUGGCGGGGGUGGCUUUGGGGAGAUCUACGAGGUGCUGGAUCAGCUGAGCCAGGUCAACGUGGCCCUGAAGGUGGAGUCUGCCCAGCAGGCCAAACAGGUGCUGAAGAUGGAGGUGGCCGUGCUGAAGAAGCUCCAGGGUGAGAGAAGACAGGGGUCCUGUUGGAAUACAGUACGACCUCAGAUAUACACUAUCGUUCAAAAGUUUGGGGUCACUUAGAAAUGUCCUUGUUUUCGAAAGAAAAGCAAUUUUUUUGCCCAUUAAAAUAACAUCAAAUUGAUCAGAAAUACAGUGUAGACAUUGUUAAUGUUGUAAAUGGCUAUUGUAGCUGGAAAUGGCUGAUUUUUAAUAGAAUAUCUACAUAGGCGUUCAGAGGCCCAUUAUCAGCAACCAUCAGUCCUGUGUUCCAAUGGCACGUUGUGUUUGCUAAUCCAAGUUUAUCAUUUUAAAAGGCUAAUUGAUCAUUAGAAAAUCCUUUUGCAAUUAUGUUAGCACAGCUGAAAACUGUGCUAACUGGCCUUCUUGAGACUAGUUGAGUAUCUGGAGCAUCAGUAAUUGUGGGUUCGAUUACAGGCUCAAAAUGGCCAGAAACAAAUAACUUUCUUCUGAAACUCGUCAGUAUAUUCUUGUUCUGAGAAAUGAAGGCUAUUCCAUGCGAGAAAUUGCCAAGAAACUGAAGAUCUCGUACAACGCUUUGUACUACUCCCUUCACAGAACAGCGCAAACUGGCUCUAACCAGAAUAGAAAGAGGAGUGGGAGGCCCCGGUGCACAACUGAGCAAGAGGAAUACAUUAGAUUGUCUAGUUUGAGAAACAGACGCCUCACAGGUCCUCAACUGGCAGCUUCAUUAAAUAGUACCCGCAAAACACCAGUCUCAACGUCAACAGUGAAGAGGCGACUCCGGGAUGCUGACCUUCUAGGCAGAGUUGCAAAGAAAAAGCCAUAUCUCAGACUGGUCAAUAAAAAGAAAAGAUUAAGAUGGGCAGUUUGAGAUAUGGCUUUUUCUUUUCAACUCUGCCUAGAAGGUCAGCACUUUCAGAAGAAAGUUAUUUGUUUCUGGCCAUUUUGAUUCUGUAAUCGAACCCACAAUUGCUGAUGCUCCAGAUACUCAACUAGUCUCAAGAAGGCCAGUUUUAUUGCUUCUUUAAUCAGCACAACAGUUUUCAGCUGUGCUAACAUAAUUGCAAAAGGAUUUUCUAAUGAUCAAUUAGCCUUUUAAAAUGAUAAACUUGGAUUAGCAAACACAACGUGCCAUUGGAACACAGGACUGAUGGUUGCUGAUAAUGGGUCUCUGAACGCCUAUGUAGAUAUUCCAUAAAAAAUCAGCAGUUUCCAGUUACAAUAGCCAUUUACAACAUUAACAAUGUCUACACUGUGUUUCUGAUAAAUUUGAUGUUAUUUUAAUGGACAAAAAAAUUGCUUUUCUUUCGAAAACAAGGACAUUUCUAAGUGACCCCAAGCUUUUGAACGGUAGUGUACUUGUACGUCUAGAAUGGAGGUCGUUCGGAAAACACUGAAAUGUCCAUAACUUUGAAAUUCACACAAACGUAUCAAACCUUUGUGGAAAAUAUGGAUUGAAUAUUUACGCGUUUCUAAUCAUUUGGCCAGAUACUGUAAAUAUCUGAUGUUUUUUAGAAGAGAGACCUUCUAAGCAACAUUUAUGUUUCUCUGUUUCAGGUAAAGAUCAUGUGUGUCGCUUUGUAGGUUGUGGCCGCAAUGAUCGCUUCAACUAUGUGGUGAUGGAACUUCAGGUAGGGUUUCUGGCCGUGUGUGCGACCUUUGAAAUAUUUGAAUCCCUUUAAUUGUAAUUUGAUUUGUGGAUUCAAAUAAAUUAUUUGAAAUGUGUGUGGGAAAGAAUGAGUGAGUAGCUCAGCCUUGGGUGACCAUGUCAUCACCCCAUACCCCAUCCCACAAACAUUGCUUUACUGUCUGUGUCCUAUAGGGGAGGAAUCUGGCAGACCUGCGCAGAACUAUGUCUCGCGGCACCUUCACCGUCUCCACCACUCUGAGGUUGGGCCGGCAGAUGCUGGAGGCCAUCGAGAGCAUCCACUCUGUGGGCUUCCUGCACCGCGACAUCAAACCGGUAAGGGGUCAUUUGGUCAGAAGAUGAGGGAACAAUAAGGGGUGAUGUAUCAGGGGUAAGGGAACAAGAUAAGAGCAUAAAUACUUUACUGGUAACACUCAACUUACAGCCUUAAAGGGAUAGUUUGACAUUUUGGCAAUCAAGCCCUUUUUUCUACUUACCCAGAGUCAGAUUAACUAAUGGAUACCAUUUUUAUGUCUCUGCGUGCAGUGUAUGAAUGCAGGUAUAUCGCUUUAAGCGGUUAUAAUGCAUUGCACAACUUGUUAUAAGCAUGUAUGACACCCUUAUGUCUCAUUAUCAUCUCAUAAUGAUCCUGACUAAGUCCCAGCCACUUUGUUAUUAUCAGUAAAGAAAUGACCUAUUAUAAGACACCAUCAAGUUUCAAAGCAUUAUACCAGGCUUUGCUGGAAAAAGUAACAGGAUUUACUUAGAUUAUUGCCUGCUUAAUCAGAUCAAUGGCAAGGACAAAGACUAAGUAUCAGUGACUGAUUUACUGUGUUUGUACCACCCCAGUCAAACUUUGCCAUGGGGCGCCUGGCCAGCACGUGUCGAUGCUGCUACAUGCUCGACUUUGGUCUGGCCCGACAGUUCACCAACUCUUGUCAGGAAGUGCGUCCUGUAAGUAUUCCUGCGCGUGUGUGUGCGCGUGAGGUUCAGUUGGUAGAGCAUGGUGCUUGCAAUGCCAGGGGUGUGGGUUCGAUUCCCACGGGGGACCAGUACGAAAAAAGUAUGAAAAUGUAUGCACUCACUCCUGUUAGUCGCUCUGGAUAAGAGCGUCUGCUAAAUUACUAAAAUGUCAAUGUUAUGUCUAAAUUUAAUCUGUGGAUGGCUACAUUUCAAUGUCAACUUAAAAUGAAGCAAUGAAUUGGGCAUGCAUUCUAAGUAGUAUGCAAGUGUGAAUAUUGAAGCUUCAAUUUAAUUUCUUAUCCCUCUCUCUCUCUGUCAGCCUCGUCCCGUGGCAGGGUUCAGAGGAACAGUGCGCUAUGCCUCAGUCAAUGCACACAAGAAUAAGGUGAGUCUCUCUCUCUCUCUCUCAAAUUGGUGAAGUGAAAUGAAAACAAAUAACUUGUUUCAAAAAAUUCUAAAAAAUAACGGAAAAGUGGUGCGUGCAUAUGUAUUCACCCCCUUUGCUAUGAAGCCCCUAAAUAAGAUCUGGUGCAACCAAUUACCUUCAGAAGUCACAUAAUUAGUUAAAUAAAGUCCACCUGUGUGCAAAGUGUCACAUAAUCUGUCACAUGAUCUCAGUAUAUAUACACCUUUUCUGAAAGGCCCCAGAGUCUGCAACAGAAAGGGGCACCACCAAGCAAGCAGCACCAUGAAGACCAAGGAGCUCUCCGAACAGGUCAGGGACAAAGUUGUGGAGAAGUACAGAUCAGGGUUGGGUUAUUAAAAAAUAUCCGAAACUUUGAACAUCCCACGGAGCACCAUUAAAUUCAUUAUUAAAAAAUUGAAAGAAUAUGGCACCACAACAAACCUGCCAAGAGAGGGCCGCCCACCAAAACUCAUGGACCAGGCAAGGAGGGCAUUAAUCAGAGAGGCAACAAAGAGACCAAAGAUAACCCUGAAGGUGCUGCAAAGCUCCACAGCGGAGAUUGGAGUAUCUGUCCAUAGGACCACUUUAAGCCGUACUCUCCACAGAGCUGGGCUUUACGGAAGACUGGCCAGAAAAAAGCCAUUGCUUAAAGAAAAUAAUAAGCAAACACGUUUGGUGUUCGCCAAAAGGCAUGUUGGAGACUCCCUAAACAUAUGGAAUAAUGUACUCUGGUCAGAGGAGACUAAAGUUGAGCUUUUUGGCCAUCAAGGAAAACGCUAUGACUGGCGCAAACCCAACACCUCUCAUCACCCCGCGAACACCAUCCCCACAGUGAAGCAUGGUGGUGGCAGCAUCAUGCUGUGGGGAUGUUUUUCAUCGGCAGGGACUGGGAAACUGCUCAGAAUUGAAGGAAUGAUGGAUGGCGCUAAAUAAAGGGAAAUCCUUGAGGGAAACCUGUUUCAGUCUUCCAGAGAUUUGAGACUGGGACGGAGGUUCACCUUCCAGCAGGACAAUGACCCUAAGCAUACUGCUAAAGCAACACUUGAGUGGUUUAAGGGGACACAUUUAAAUGUCUUGGAAUGGCCUAGUCAAAGCCCAGACCUCAAUCCAAUUGAGAAUAUGUGGUAUGACUUAAAGAUUGCUGUACACCAUAUUAACCCAUCCAACUUGAAGGAGCUGGAGCAGUUUUGCCUUGAAGAAUGGGCAAAAAUCCGAGUGGCUAGAUGUGCCAAGCUUAUAGAGACAUACCCCAAGAGACUUGCAGCUAUAAUUGCUGCGAAAAGUGGCUCUACAAAGUAUUGACUUUGGGGGGUUGAAUAGUUAUGCACGCUCAAGUAUUUUGCAUCUUCAAAGUGGUAGGCAUGUUGUGUAAAUCAAAUGAUACAACCCCCCCCAAAAAAUCCAUUUUAAUUCCAGGUUGUAAGGUAACAAAAUAGGAAAAAUGCCAAGGGGGGUGAAUACUUUCACAAGCCACUGUAUGAGUAGGUGUUCUCACCUUGCUCACCCAUGAUGUGUGUGUGUCUGUGGUCUUCAGGAGAUGGGUCGCCAUGAUGACCUCUGGUCUCUCUUCUACAUGCUGGUGGAGUUCACGGUGGGCCAGCUACCCUGGAGGAAGGUCAAAGACAAAGUAAGUGUUUGUGUGUGCGCGCAUGUGUGUGUACUGUACAUGAAUGAGCAUGUGUGUUCAUGCUCUUUUCCCUCUACUCACAGGAACAGGUGGGGAACCUAAAGGAGACCUACGACAAUCGCCUCAUGCUCAAACACCUCCCCUCAGAGUUCAGCAUCUUCCUGGAUCAUAUCCUGACCCUGGACUACUUCACUAAGCCUGACUAUCAGGUAACGUUGGUCUAAAUGUUUCCAUAUGUGUGCAUUAACUCAAAUAUCCAGAAAAUAAACCAAAAUUCCAAUUCCAAUCUUUCUUGGAAUUGGAGUUGGGAUUUUAAUUUACUUCCUGUAGGGCUGACCCCAUUUAGUCAACUGGUCGAUUGUUUGGUCGAUAGGUUGUUGGUCGACCGAGAUUUCUUUAGUCGAGCAGUAGCAAAAAAAUUAAAUAAUAAAAGAUAAUGUUGUACAAGACACCUGUCUGAUUCGCGGCUGUAUUUAAUUUUAUUUUUUUUUAACCUUUAUUUAACUAGGCAAGUCAGUUAAGAACAAAUUCUUAUUUACAAUGACGGCCUACACCGGCCAAACCCGGACGACGCUGGGCCAAUUGUGCGCCGCCCUAUGGGACUCCCAAUCACAGCCGGUUGUGAUACAGCCUGGAAUCGAACCAGGGGGUCUGUAGUGAUGCCUCAAGCACUGAGAUGCAGUGCCUUAGCCCGCUGCGCCACUCGGGAGUCUGUCUGAGUGGACUGAUCCAUUGUGGAGGCCUUGGGGAUGGCACAGUCCAUCAGUCUAAGACAUAUGCUACUGAAAUUGUACAUGGUAUUAUUACAUAAGAAUAAUGGUGCAACACUAAAAAAAUUGUAUUAUUUUAUAACAAAUGCGCUUUCUCCCUCUUUGGAUAGCAGUUGCUGUCCACGGUUCUGAAACACAUCAGUGUGCUGUUCAAUUGCCACCUUUUCCUAGACCAUGUUGCUAUGUGCAUAAUAGCAAAGUUAACCAGCAUAUUGGUGUUGAGAACAAUGCCGCGGAGGCAGCAGCAGAAUGAGGAUAUGAGAAAACACCCAUUGCCUUAUUGUCUAAGAAAAGUGAGGAGAGAAGAAACCUGAACUUACAGUGAGGGAAAAGGGUAUUUGAUCCCCUGCUGAUUUUGUACGUUUUCCCACUGACAAAGAAAUGAUCAGUCUAUAAUUUUAAUGGUAGCUUUUUUGAACAGUGAGAGACAGAAUAACAACAAAAAAAUAUUUUAAAGGGAGUGCUCCUAAUCUCAGCUUGUUACCUGUAUAAAAGACACCUGUCCACAGAAGCAAUCAAUCAAUCAGAUUCCAAACUCUCCACCAUGGCCAAGACCAAAUAGCUCUCCAAGGAUGUCAGGGACAAAGAUUGUAGACCUACACAAGGCUGGAAUGGGCUACAAGACCAUCGCCAAGCAGCUUGGUGAGAAGGUGACAACAGUUGGUGCGAUUAUUCGCAAAUGGAAGAAACACAAAAGAACUGUCAAUCUCACUCUGCCUGGGGCUCCAUGCAAGAUCUCACCUCUUGGAGUUGCAAUGAUCAUGAGAAUGGUGAGGAAUCAGCCCAGAACUACACGGGAGGAUCUUGUCAAUGAUCUCAAGGCAGCUGGGACCAUAGUCACCAAGAAAACAAUUGGUAACACUCUACGCCGUGAAGGACUGAAAUCCUGCAGCGCCCGCAAGGUCCCCCUGCUCAAGAAAGCACAUAUACAGGCCCGUCUGAAGUUUGCCAAUGAACAUCUGAAUGAUUCAGAGGAGAACUGGGUGAAAGUGUUGUGGUCAGAUGAGACCAAAAUGGAGCUCUUUGGCAUCAACUCAACUCGCCGUGUUUGGAGGAGGAGGAAUGCUGCCUAUGACCCCAAGAACACCAUCCCCACCGUCAAACAUGGAGGUGGAAACAUUAUGCUUUGGGGGUGUUUUUCCACUAAGGGGACAGGACAACUUCACCGCAUCAAAGGGACGAUGGACGGGGCCAUGUACCGUCAAAUCUUGGGUGAGAACCUCCUUCCCUCAGCCAGGGCAUUGAAAAUGGGUUGUGGAUGGGUAUUCCUGCAUGACAAUGACCCAAAACACAUGGCCAAGGCAACAAAGGAGUGGCUCAAGAAGAAGCACAUUAAGGUCCUGGAAUGGCCUAGCCAGUCUCCAGACCUUAAUCCUGUAGAAUAUCUGUGGAGGGAGCUGAAGGUUUGAGUUGCCAAACGUCAGGCUCGAAACCUUAAUGACUUGGAGAAGGUCUGCAAAGAGGAGUGGGACAAAAUCCCUCCUGAGAUGUGUGCAAACUAUUUAUUUUUGUUACCUUUAUUUAACUAGGCAAGUCAGUUAAGAACAAAUUCUUAUUUACAAUGACUGCCUACACCGGCCAAACCUGGACGACACUGGGCCAAUUGUGCACCGCCCUACGGGACUCCCAAUCACGGCCGGUUGUGAUACAGCCUGGAAUCGAACCAGGGGGUCUGUAGUGAUGCCUCAAGCACUGAGAUGCAGUUCCUUAGACCGCUGCGCCACACGGGAGCCAACUACAAGAAACGUCUGAGCUCUGUGAUUGCCAACAAUUGUUUUGCCACCAAGUACUAAGUCAUGUUUUGCAGAGGAGUCAAAUACUUAUUUCCCUCAUUUAAAAUGCAAAUCAAUUUAUAACAUUUUUGACAUGCGUUUUUCUUGAUUUUUUUGUUGUUAUUCUGUUUCUCACUGUUCAAAUAAACCUACCAUUAAAAUUAUAGACUGAUCAUCUUUGUCAGUGGGCAAACAUACAAAAUCAGCAGGGGAUCAAAUACUUUUUUCCCCUCACUGUAAUUAGGUCUAUAAUCAAUAGCCUAACUGUUAAAAGUGCCUGGCUUUAUAAAUCAUCAAUAUAUCUACAGACAAGACAGAUCCUGAUUCUAUUGCCUGUUUGUGUGUUUGUUUAAUAGCCUACUGAUUCCGUUAGCACCAAGCCUCACGCAAUGACAUGUUAAGUAAACAAUUUCACAAAUUCGGCUGUUUUUAAUCUUUGCUUUGCUGUAAUAAAGGAUUUAGACUUGUUUUUCGUUAGAACAGCCUCUUUGGUAUGAUUUCAAAUGUAUUUAGUGUUGUUUACACUUUUCCAAAUUGUCCGAAUAUUUAUAAUAGCAAAAACGCUCCUUUUUCUUGAUCUCCUUGUUAUUGUUAUUAUUACUAUUAUGGUCAUAAGUAAUGUCAUUAUCAUUAGUAGGCUAGUAUAGCAGCCUUGUAUAACCACUAUUGAGCUGCAGGCGUAACAGGGCAUCCUUUUUAGUCUUAAUACUGUAACUUACUUAGGCCUAUAUUUCAAUACUUAUACAGGCUACUGUAUCAAUCAAUCAUUAAUUAGUUCACGUCAUCACACAGCAUACGAGUCAUUCAUGAUUUGAAAUGCAAUCAAGCAUUUUAGUUUUAAAAUAAAGCAAGCCUUGAAUAAUUAGUUUAAACAAUAAAUAAACCGUUCCAUUUUGGAAAUUGCAUUCAUGAAUGAAUGCAACUGUUUUUAGUCUUUGCUGUAAUAAAGGUUUAACAAAAAAUUAGAUUGUAAUCUAUACAGCACCUGUUUGGCACACACAACCUUUUCUGUAGCCUACAGGCUGGAGAUAAAAUGUAUGACAAUGUAAUGAGACGGACACUUUAACAUCAUUUCUCCAAUCAAAUAGCCUAACCUAAAUGGGGCUCAAUCAAAUACAAAAUGAGCUGUCACGAAGCAACAUCCUAACAACAGGACAGGUCAAAAUAAAAUGGACAAUAUGGAAUGGACAAUCACAACUGUUGUCCAGGAGUUUCACCCCAUUGUCAUGAUCAGUGAUUUCAAGUUUGUAUCCGUAAAUUCUUUUGACAAGCUGAUCAUAGCGAAACAGAAAAUACUUCUGCAUUUCCAUUGCAAAUAGGCUCAGGAUAACUCCUGAUAAAGUUGGGUAGCUGACAUUCAGAGCUUAAAUAGCCACAUUGAUUAGUCACAGGAAUCAGGACUAAUAAAGCCAAUGCAAUGGGCUGUUUUACAAACGGUGGGCCUACCACAUGGAUGGGCAUUGAUAAAAUUACAUUGCGGGCCGACAUGGUAGGCUACACGCUAGUAAGCACGAGACGACAUCUUUUGGAUGUCUUUUUUUGGUGCAGUUCCGGACCACUUUGAUUUCCACAUCCCACGGACAUAGGAUUUUGGUCCAGUCCGGACCAAAUCUGAACCAAUCAUAGACGUUUAUGUUUGGUUCAGAUUUUGUCCGGUCUGGAACAGCCUUGAUUUGGCCCAAACAUGGACAUCUAUAAAUUACUUAUUUUCAACUUUCAUUCAGAACCAAAAAUGAACCUGAUUUCAACAUCAAGAAAAUACAUAUUUCUCAAUGUCCGGAAAAUAUGCCUUUUCAGCGUCCUGGAAAAAAAAUAUUUUAAACAUAUGGAAAAUACCAUUUCACAUUUCAUUCAGAACCUACAUUGAAAAAUCUGGAAAAUACGUCUUUUAGACUUAUUUUCACCGUCAUUUUUCUUACUGGGACUAUUCUAGUUUUGUGGGGUGUGGCAUUUUUUUGGCCUUGCCUAUGGCGGCAGAAAGGCAAAGACCGGCCCUGGCUAUAUGUCAGGCCCUAUUGUGCCCUAUCCGGACGGGAUUCGUUUUACUGGCGGAGGUUGGGUAAUGUAAUUAUGUGCAGGAGCACAAAACAACACAUCUGUACUUUUUGUCCUGUCUGAAUCUGCCAUGGCACUAAUUUUUACAUGGCAGGAGAGUAACAAUUCCAGACAGAAUAACCUACUGUUUUUCUGAUAAUACUAGUCCCGUGCGAAUCGACAUCCCUAUGUUUUGAGAUGUCUGAGCUUUAUUAGUCCUGGUUCCUGUGACUAAUCAAUUUGGCUAUUUAAGCUCUGAAUGUCAGCAGGUGUUGCUCGUGGUUUGCGCAAGAAAACAAUAACUGAUUCGAUAAAUUGAACUAAGUGCUGCGCAUAAACUAUAUAUGACUGGCCUACAUGUAGCCUAUCAACUUUCACAGUGAGUGCUUUUGUUUAACGUUAUAUGUUUUGUGCGUAUGAAUUGAACAUUGCCUAAUGCAUCAGUAAAAAAAUAUUGAGCCUAAUUUAAUGCAACCCUUGCUGUUAAUAGAUCUCAAAGCAGCAGCAUACAACUGACCGAAACGUUUGGAAAUGAUAAGUUAACUUUCUAAUCAAUAGCCUUAAAAUGCAUCUCAAGUGCAAUUGCACUGUUUAGCAAGGCUGGGGGGCAUUUAGGACGUACUGUGGAUCGCUAAAAUAUCCUAAAGAUAAUGAUCACACUUCCUCAAUUCAAAUAUUAUGACGACACCAUAGGAAAGAUGAUUAAGAAACUUUGGAACCAACCUCUAGUUAAACAGUGUGGCCCUAUCACCUGGACAUGUUGAAACACUGUAUCUUCACGCCUAGAAUACAAACCUCCAGGGUUCCGUCAUAACUGUCAAUUUAUUGGAAAAAAAUAAAGAAUUACAGGGGGCAGUUUGGAAAAAACGAAUCCCGUCUGAAUCGUCCUCUGGAAUAAAGGACAUUCUGGAAUAAUAAUUACACAACUAACGUUCUGUAGUAAUACUAGUCCGGUGCGAAUAGGUCUUUGGUCACGUGCUUGCGAUGCACACAUGUGUCAUGUAAAGAGAGCAAGGGUUGAGGGAAUAGGGAAUGUUUUUCCUAAACAAAUGAAGGAUUUCGGUAACAGAAAUGGCAGUAAUUAUGUUGCAGCUUCAGCAACACAGACAGCGUGAUAAACACAUUGAUGUUCUGUGGUGGUCGCUGCAGCAGGGAGGAGAGAGAGACAACGAGUGCUAGUCAGUCACUCGCUGUCUUUUUUCUUUUUAACACAGCGCAGCAAGUCUGAGCUGGCCUGGCACAAUCAAAUCAAUUGCUGGUCGGACUCCUUCUAGUCAUUUGUGUGUCUUAAUUAUUUAAUCAAACCGUGUGUUUUAAGUGUCAGACAAGCUCAGUGAAUAUAGGUGAUUUGAUUAAAACACAUAGAAUGUGUAAAUAUAUGGUUUAAAAAUGUCGACCAAUUGAUAGGUCAAAAGAACAGAUGACUCUUGGUCGACCAAUAUAUUUUUUAGUCGGGGACAACCCCUAACUUCCUGGUUUAACUGAAUUUGAAUGGAAUUGACCCCCACCCCUAUGCAUGUAUUUGUCUGCCAACAGCAAGCCAACAAUAGAUCUUCCCAUUGUCUCAUAAUGCUAAAUGUCAAUGGUUUUGGUUGUUAUGUUCCAGCUACUAAUUUCAGUGUUUGAGAAUGCCAUGAAGAGCCACAACGUGUUGGAGAACGACCCGUAUGACUGGGAGAGGUGCGACUCCGAGGAUAUGCUGACCAUCACCGGCUCAACCAACACCGCUCAGCAACUCACCCGCCUCACACCUGCUUACAUGGGGUAAGAACUGCAAUGAUGGCAUAUUGUUUGAAAAUAGUAGGGGAGAGGUAGAACUAAGAUUUCUGGAAAACCUGGGAAUUUUGGGAAAGUUCCCGAAAUUUUACGACUCUAAUCCAAAAUGAUAACUGUUCCACUCUAAGGCUGUGUUUAGACAGGCUGCCCAAUUCUGAUAUUUCUUCCACUAAUUGGUAUUUUGACCAGUCACAUCAGGGGCCUCAUUUAUCAUUAUUUGCCUAGAAACUAUUCUAAAAUACUACUUACGAACAGAAUUUAGAAUGUUCGUAUGCAUAGAAAAAGUGUUUUAUCAAACAAUCCUACGAGUGUCAUAUGCACACCGGUAGGAGAUGACCAUUGAUAAAUACCAAUUGUUCUCAGCCUCAGUGCAUAUAUGGUAAAAAUCAUCCCUUUAAACCUUGUGGGGAAUAUACAACGCCGUACCAUGAAAUACAAUGGCGUAACCAAAAAAAAGCGAUAUUUUCAGAGACUGAAAUAUAUAGGUGCUUGUGUUAGAGAUUGAGUAAAACCAAAAGGUUUUAUUUGGCUUGCUCCGUUGUAGCUUGACCAGUAAAAACAUAGCAACAAAGAGAGGACCAUUAGGACAAUUCAAGUUGCUUUAGCAAUGGCAAACAUACUUAAAAGGAGUAGGCAACACUCGCCAAUAAGCCAUCCAUCCUCAACAGCUCCUGCCUUUAGGCAUAAAGGCCAACGUUGCUGUUCUGCAGAAUGAACAAGUCGUGCGUGCCACCUUGCCACCACAUUCAGCAGUGUCUUAUGCGCAUCGUUUAACCUAUCACCUGCACAUUAAGAGUGGAUGCCUUUUUUGUUCACAUAGUUGAACUUGUUUUGGGAGGAUGCUUUUAUGUUGGUGUCGUCUAUUGCUCCGUUCGUAUUUGGAAAACCCAUUGAUGGCAUCAUGGCAAAGAAACCCCUCUUGACUUCAACCUGUUGUGCGAUGGUGUAUGGAAAUUGUACGUGUUGCUGUUUGUUUUGCUGAUGAUGUGUCUCUAAUUUAAAGGGAAAUGUAUGAAAUGUUCAACUUCAUAUCCAUUGUGAAUUCAUUCAACAUAUCUUGACAGGCUGUAUCAUAUAAUUUGACCACAUCAGUACAUUUUGUUACGAUAAUCCAUAUAAAGUACAGUUAUUUGUUAAAUGGACAUUUCAAAAAUGUUCAACUUCAUAUCCUUCAUCUCCAGCCCCACCCCAACAUCAAUAUAUGUGAAAAUUGCGCGUUUCUAGGUUUUGUAGUAAAAAAGACAGAGGAAGGUAAGUGUUUCCAAUGACAGCUUAAACCAAUUAGUAGGCAAUGCCUACUCAUAAUUUGUUAAAAUAGCACGAUGCACACCGAUGUCAUUGGAAACACUUAUCUUCCUCUGUCUUUUUUACUACAAAACCUAGAAAUGCGCAAUUUUCACAUAUAUUGAUGUUGGGGUGGGGCUGGAGAUGAUGAAUAUGAAGUAGAAUUUUUUUUAAAUGUCCAUUUAACAAAUAACUGUACUUUAUAUGGAUUAUCGUAACAAAACAUUCCCCAUUCAAUGCUUGAUAAGCAGUCCCCUUAUUCCACCACUGGGCACUGUGCGCACGCAUGGUCAUGGAUGUGUGUAAACUUACGCACACUCUCAAGCAAACGUUCAUAUUGAUAAAUCUCACACUUUGCGUGGAAAUGAUCCCACGCAAGUUUUACGCACAGAUUUUUGCCUAUGCAUGAUUGAUAAAUGUUGCCCCAGAUCUUUUCACAUCAGAUAUUUUUCCGAGCUGAUCUGAUUGGUCAUAAGUCCAAUCAGUAAAAAAAAAUCAGAAUUGGGCUGACGGUUAUGGUAAUACAUAACUUUGUUCGGCUUCGUGUUGAUUGGUGUGAUGCAGAAUAUUUGUGUGUAUGGGUGUAAUUGAUGCUUAAUUGGUCAGCAUUUGCUGAUUGGACUGUAAUACCUUCCUUCAAAUCGACGUGGUACAACUUUUGUCCCACUCACGCAAUUCUUUCAAAUCUGCAAAGCCUUUUUUGGGGGGAAGGCAAAUCUGUAUAUUCGGUCAGCGAUCCCUUGGAAACCACCGGCCUAAUUUGUUCUCUGGAAAGUAGCAGCUGAAUGACCUUCCCUCUCUUUCUCUCACUCUCUCCUCUCUGUCCCUUUUUCUCUCCCUUUCUCUCUCCCUUCCUGACUCCCUCUCUCUCACUCUCGCUUCUCUUUCUCCUUCUCCCUCUCUCCACCCUCCCUUCCUCCUCCUCUAUCUCCCCCCAGCAUGGCCAACGCCUCGGUGCUCCCCGCCGAGCUGCAGAGGGAGAACACUGAGGACGUACUGCAGGGCGAGCGUCUCAGCGAUGCCGACAACUGCCCCCCAAUCCCGGCCCAGCACCAACGUGCUGCCCAGGGCGCUGACGUGUGGGAGGAGAUGGACCGCAACCGCAACUGCAACCAGACCGCAGCCCAGCAACAACAACAACCGCUCAUCAGGAAGGUCAGGAUUGGAACACACGCAUAUUAAACGUUUUUGUGAAAGAAAAUAUUAUUGACCAUAUAAAUAAAUAUUGGGUUUGAGACAGAGGAACACACAAUUAUGACAUGCUAUCAAAGAUACACCCCCAUUAGUUUCCCUUUACUGCUUCAGUUCAGCCAACCCUGUCUACUUCAUCAGGUUAAUUUUCUAUACUGAAGACUGUAUUUUCUAUACUAUACUUUUCUAUACUGAUUCUAUACAGUGAUGUUCUUGGUCCAUCUGUAACUGCAGUAAUGCAUAUUAACAAUGUGUGCAACACCACUGAGAUGGGACAAGGACAUCCCAGCAGGCCAAACCCUCCCCUAACCCGGACGACGCUGUGCAAAUUGUGUGCCGCCUCAUGGGUCUCCCAGCACGCGAUGCAGUGCCUUAGACCGCUGCGCCACUCAGGAGGCCAGAAAGUAGAUCAUUUUAAGAUUGUUCUAUACAUCAGUUGGGGUCUCUAUAAGCUUCCUAGCAUGGACGUGAGGUCUUGUAGUUGUGUGGGCUAAUAUAGUGAAAAUGUUUGCCUUGGGGUAAGUUGAGCCAAUGUCAAGUUGAGCAAAUUGAAGUGUUGUUUUUCCUAGGUGUAAUGCAAGGCAUUAUCGCUGGGAUACGAGGUAACAACAGGGCCUGGACCUAUUUGUGUUAAGCCUGUGUUAAAAGCUUUAAAUGAUUAAAAGUAAAUAAACGAUUGAUUGUCUUGAAUUGUGUUUGGGAAAUAAAGAUUGACAUGGUUUUAAAAAGGUAGUGGUAAUAUUUCAUUCAGUACAGAAAUUUCUAGGCAGCUUAAUUUAUUUACCCUGCUGAAUGUAUUUUUUUUUAUAUUAACAAAAAUGGAAGAAAAAAGAAAGCUCAACUUACCCCACUUUCCCCUAUCCUAGAUUCAUUCAGACUAUUUGGAGGAAGUGAUACUGGCUUUGUUCCCAUGACAGGGGUUCUCAAACUUUUUGGGGCUGGAAACCCCUUUUGGGAUUGCAAGUUCAUCAGGUACCCCCUCAUAAUCAGAACACAACUUGAGUGAGAUAGAAAUGGCAUACAAUGAGUUUUACUAUGACUGAAGCAGUGUAUGGCCGGACAAACCAGGUCUCAGGUCCUGGGAAGGAAUAUUUUAAAGGUGCCGCCUCUUGGCAUCGGCGAGAACAUUUAGCAGUUUUCAAGCCAAUUUUACACAUUUUGUCAUGGGGAAGAUAUUUUUUUGUUGUUGCAGCUUUAAAGCUAAUAUCAAUAUACAAAUUGUAUUUGUCACAUGCGCCGAAUAGAAUGGGUGUAGACCUUACCGUGAAAUGCUUGCUUACGAGCCCUUCCAAACGAUGCUGAGUUAAAACUGCUGUUUUUAAAGCUUAAAUUACAGUGUACAUUUAUAAAAAUAAAGAAAAUUCAGUUGAAUAAUGAAUAAUUGGAAUGCUGUGGAUAUCAAUAUCCCUGUAAGCCUCCCAGGCCCAUGUUGCCCAGGGUUAAGAAAUUGUAGAUGAUUAAUAUGACAUUAUAUUGAAUUACACCCUCUAAACGUAUUACACGGAUCCCUUGACCAAAAUUAGUCUAAUCUGUUGUUAGUAAUAUUCAUUUAAAAAAAGAACAGAGAGAGAGAGAUCUGGCCGCGGACCUCUGCAGUACCACGUCCAUGGACCCCACUUUGAGAACCACUGUCCUAUGGUGUCUCAUGGGGGGAAAACAUCAGUAACUGCCACAUCGAACCACACCCAAGACUGACAUUUUGUUUUUUGUAAUGAACAACAGAGAUACACAUGCGGAAUUGGUGUGUUCAGUCGCUCUUUUAAGACCAAGCAAUAUGACCUGACCAUAGACAGCAACAGCAAUCAAAGAUAAGGAGUUUAGCCUCUUACCUUGUCCUCUCUUUGUGUUUGUCGGAAGUCACCUGGCUUUGGUAACGUCAUAUCUCGGAAUCUACCUUUAAAAUAGUCUGUCCUACUCCCGACACCUUUUUUUGUGACACAACUACAUUCCAACCCCUUCUCCAGGUGGUGAAUGAGGACGAGCACAGCCAGAACCAGGGUGGCAACCAGAGCCCCAACACAGGCUCCGUCCAGAGCUCCCCCAUACGGGUGCGCUCAGAGACCAUGUUCCUGGACCGGGCGGCCCCCCUGCUCCGGAGGAUGAGACACAGCCAGAGCCUGGCCUUCGAGAAGAGACUGGCUCCCGAACCCAAGCCCACCAUCGAACGCUUCCUUGAGGCCUAGUCAGUACCUUUUACCAUUCAUUUACAGUAGUUUAAUCGUUUAUAUUGAUCUACAGUGUACAGUAGGACAGUGGUUCUCAAACCUCUCGGGGACCGCCAGAAAUUUCACAAAUGUGUUUUAGCCCUGAACUACCACACCUGAUUCAGUAAUGAAGGGCUUGAUGAUUAGUUGACAAGUAGAAUCAGGGUGCUAGCUCUGGAAUAGAUCAAAUACUGCUGGGGGUCCCGAGGAGAGGUUUGAGAACCACUGCACUAGGACUAGGCACAAGGCAGUGGGAUAUGUAUUAACUUAGUCCUUAAACUCUCCUGUAAGCAGGUUUUUGUUUCACCCAACAUCGAAUUUGUUGGACUGUUCAUUGGCUAGUCCAGGGGGUGUACUUGUACAUCAAGCUGCCUCAUGCUACAGAAACAGAGGAUAAGCUCCAGCUUCUAGCUUGCACAAGCCAAGGCUCAUGCAAGGCAAUUUACUUAAUCUCUAUUUUGUUGGACUGUUCAUUAGCUAGUUAUGCAGAUUUUACAAAUCUCUUUUUAUAAUAUCAUUUCCAUUAGUCAACUUUAAAUAUUUAUUAAACGAUUACUCAUGUCAAAUCCCAAUUUUAUUUUAUAUUUCCAGUCUGGGGAAGCAGCAUCCACAGGAGCGACAGAACACCAUCCCCGGAAGCGGCGGGGGGCAGGGUGAGCAGAUUGGAACCCCCUGUGACGAGGACCAGGCGACAGGGACUCCCGGCGGAGUGGGGACCCCCGACCAGGAUGAGGGGGCUGGGGCCCUCAACCUCAGCUCGGUGCCCCAGGAGGGAGACUCCCAGGAGUGGUUGAUGCUGGAGCAGAGGGGAGGCAGCGGGGCCUCGGGGGCAGCCAAGCCUCCAGGAGACUAUGCUCUGGAUGGGAAUAAACUAGGGGUGCAAUCAGAGGCUGAGGCCCAGGACCACCAGCUUCCCUCAGCCCCGAGCAGCCCCGUCCUGUCCCACAUGGCCCUGCCCUGUACCUGGUUACUGGGAGGCAGGAGGCUGCCUGGGAUGCUAGGCCACAUGGGCCGAGCCCAGAUGGAGCAGGUGAGUGCGAGCAAGGCUUUGGCAGAAUAAGAAUUGCUCACGCAUAUACAGUUGUAUUCUGGGCAUUAAAAUGUUACUUUUUCAAAAUGUAUUGCUGCAGCUGAAAUAUGGCCCUGACGGUACAGUUACAUCCAUUAUGAAGGAAAUGUUUCUUACUGCACUGCAGUACAGGUUAACCUUUGAAUGCUAAGAACUGUACACACACCAGAUAUACACUGACAUGAACAGAGAUCUGUACUUCUCUCUACAUUUUACAUGUUAGUCAUUUAGCAGACGUUUUUAUCCAAAGCAACUUACUUAAAGUGCAUUCAUCUUAAGAUAGCUAGGUGAGGCAACCACAUAUCACAGUCGUAUUAGGUCAAUCUUUCCUCGAUACAGAAGUUAUCAGCAAAGUCAGUGCUAGUAGGAAAAGACAAGCGCAAUUGUAAUUUUUUAUUGGGGGGAUAGAAUAAGACCGAUGUCUUAUUUAAUAGACUCUUUUGAAGAGGUAGGGUUUCAGUCGUUUUCUGAAGAUGGUCAGGGACUCUGCUGUCCGAGCUCUACUUGUGCCUCCUCACCCCCUCUCAUGUCCGUCUCCCAAUAAUCUCUGGUCUGCCUCUCCACAGUCUGCCAACCCCGUACCACAGUCCCCCGUGACGGAGAAGAGUGAAGCCAUACCGCUAGAGGCCCCGUCAACCAGACCCAAUGACCCCCAAGAGGGCAAGGUCGACGAGUUGGAGCUGGAGAUUGUCGAGUCAGCCCCCAGCCCUGUGCCAAGCCUCAUCCCAGCCCACCUCGCAAACGACAAAGACCCAGAGAGCGACUCGGGCCUCCCCGACCGCUCUUCCGAACCCAACCAGCACCCUCAGAUGGAGAAAGCCGGAAGCGCCGCGGAGAGCGCCGGCACCUUCUCCUCCUCCCCUCCCCCACCCACCUUGGUCCUCCUGCGAAGGGAAUCCCCCUCCUCGCCCAAAUUGAGCCGCAUCCCCGUACGAGAUCCAACCACCACCCCGGAUUCCCCCACCAUGGACCGCCGCCACCGGUGGAGCAGCCCUGUGCCUGGCUCGCCCUCCCACUCGCCCUCGCCAUCCCUCUCCUGCGACAAUCUACUGCCCUGUGGCGUCCGGGAGAGGCUCCUUUCCUGCUCGGACCGCGGUUCACGCUCCGACUGGCUGGGGGAAGACCGUGACUCCCUCUCGCUCUCCUCCUCGGGCAGCAGGAGUAAAAUCCCCCGGCCCGUCAACCCCCCUUUUCCAGGGCUCGAUCAGCAGCAGCUGCUCUCCUCCUCCGGCAGGUUCCUGCCUCGUCCGCCUCCCGGGAAACCGCCCACCCGCCCAGCUGUAGACAACAGGUAUGAAGAGCAUGGUAGUAUGGCACAGCACUCGGCCACGUUCAGUAGCAAACGUUAUGGAGCGUUGCAGAUAGAAAUGUCAAGAAUGAAACUGACAUACUUUCUUAUUCAACAGCUAUUCAAUCUGAGGCAUGUUUGCUCUACAUUAUAUAUGUAUCUGAACAUUCCACAACAUUGUGUCCUGCCGAACGCAACCCUAGUAGACUGUAAUAGUAAGGGUUGUGUCCCACAUCAAUGAUAAUAGACUUAUUUUUUCUGUGUGGGGUGGUUUAGAAACAUAUCGGUGCAUCCUCCACAUCAGAAUGUAUAGGCAUGAGUUUCUGAAUAAUACAGGAUAGUUGCAGAAUUGUUUGUUUUAGUUUUUAAAAUCCUACCCUUUCUGUUCUCUGCCCCAGUCGGCGCCGGCGUUUCCGGGUGCGCGCCAGCAGCACCAGCGACGCCGACUUCCUGGCCAGUCUGACCCAGCUGAUGAAGGACCGCGGCGGUGCACUUUUCAGUCCGCCGCCACGCCCCCGCAGCUCUUCCUCCUCGCUGCAGCGCUCACUCAGCUCCUCCCCCUCACGCCACGAGCUCCGUGAGGGGGCAGGGGUCUUCCUGGGGCGUAGCCGCUCUCCGUCCAGCUUCUCGGGGUCCCCUCCCCCUCCGUGGUACCCCCAGGACAGGCUUAGUGGGCAGCAGGGGAUCCCGUGGGGCGCAGGGCCCGGUGCCAGAGGGAGGGGCCCCAGCCACGAGGGCAAAGGAAGCGGCAAAGUGAGCCGAUAAGUGGACAGAAUGGGUAUCAGUAUGUUGUUCAGAAGGA